AUGCAACCUUAUGUUCUCUUUCAACAUUGGCAUGUCAAACGAUUUAAUCCGGGACACGUUAUUUGGGAAGAUAUUUUAGCACCUUUCCUUACAAUGGUUCGUCUCGGUGAAUAUAAACAUAAACAAGCUGUCUUAAUGGAAUAUAAAAAUUUCCCAUCAGCUAAUUCGAAAUUUCGUAAACUGUACAAUGAAUUAGUACCCGCAUAUGCAGCCAAAGUUGUCUCUCUCGAUGAAUACGUGAAUAGUUUCCCAACUCCAUUUGUUUGUUUCAAAAAUCUAAUGGCCGGUGGUGGUACAGCUAUGUUUUCUCCUGAUCGAGAACAUUUUACUCAUGGCAAAGAAAGAAUGUUGUAUGAUUAUCGAAGUGCCAUUUUAAUUCAUCAUAGUGUUGAUUUAGGUCGCCCACCGAAAACUCAUCGAAUUGUAUUGGUGAAUAAAACGGAAACAAAUCGAGAAAGUACAAGAGGAAUUAAAAAUCUCCUAGAAGUGGAACGAUUUCUUCGACAAACAUAUCCUCAAGUAAAAACUGAUAUCAUCAAUUGGAAAGGAAUGCCAUUCCGAAAUCAAAUGCAUGAACUAUAUUCGACAACUGUGUUAAUCACACCAUGUGGAGGUGUCUCAUCUACCGUUCCAUUUCUUCCCAAAGGUGCACAUGCAAUUAUCAUGGAUUAUUACGUAAACAAGGCUGCCUACAUACCCGGAGAAAUGUGGAAAGUGGGUGAGUCAGGUUCGAUGGAUUCAGCGCUUUGGAAUUACUUUCCUCAUAUUCGAAAGCUUUAUUAUCAAGUAAGAGGUCAAGAUGACUUCAAAUUUGCUUUUCCUAAUGCAACCAAUGCCCGUUAUGACAUACAAAUUAUUGUCAAAAUGCAUAGAUUAAAAGAGCUGAUUGAUACAGCUAUUCAAAAUUCGGGUUAA